AUAAAAUGGAUUUUGAAGAAAGAAUAGUGCUUGCUAGUAUGACCAAACACGUAAGCCAGAGCAAGCCUAAAAUUAAACUAAAAUAAAGACAAAGGCUUGGUCUCCAUCUGCUUCAACGCAGUAUACAAACCUCCCAAAGAUGACAACAUGAAGAGAGUCAUCAGGAUAAGGAAGAUGGGAGACAUGAGUAGAAGAGAAAUCAAGCAGAGAGUCUCCAGCCUCUCCAGUAAAAGGCUUCAACGCAAGCGCAAAUGUCGGAAACCAAGUUUAAACCAAAGUGUUUGCAGCAGACAUUCAGAAUACAGCACGAAUGGAGGUCGUUACGACAAUGAGCUGGCUGACGAGAAGCCUACAGAUUACGAUCCCUCAGUGAUUACGUACAAAAUAAAAGUAGCAGACAGGCCGCUGACUGCUUUCUCGCAAGGAAAAUACUCCAUAAAGUCAGAGAGAGGUCAUGACGAUACUUGUGAGUUCAUUAAUAGAAAUAAGUCCCGAUGUGGCCUCCCAGGCCAAAAACGGGCUCUUUCAAGCCAGUCAAGUACAAUUAAUUGUUCUGAAAGUUUGUUCAAAUCUUUCAAUCAAAGUCCAAGCUCUAAACUCACCAGGCGUCUGAGGAAGAUGCAAACUAGUUUUAAGAAUAUUCAGAACACUGGCUAUAUUUCUGAAUACAUACAAUCAGACUUCAGCACUCAUAGUGGGAAUAAGAUUUCCUCCCUAGACUUCAAGGCACUAAGAAUGCACAAUAACUUCUUAAAGAAGAAGCAGAAAUAACCUGGAAAAUUUAUUUGACAUGUACAACCAGAGAAACACAAUUGUAGGAAUGGGCGGAGCCAGAGCUGACAAACACGGAUUUAUACAGCAUUUUUGAAGGAAGUAAUCUCAAUUUGUUUGAUAAUUUAUGGAAUAUUUGUAUCUUU